AUGGCAUCAACAAAUCAACAAGAUGGUUUCCUGCGGUUUGAGAGAUGGAUAAGGCAACAAGGGGACGACCGUCCCAGCAGAAUACAGUCAGAUGUAACCGAGUUGACCAGAUGGGGAGGGUACGACUUUGAUAUGAUCUUUGCGCCCCUGGACGGCAGAUACCGAGGUCCGCCAUCGGGAGAAUAUGACCAAUUAAUUCAGCUGUACGACAUACCCGACGACUUUGUGGCCGAGCGUGAGCGGAGUGUCACACACUCAUUUGGACACCAACUGGGAGAAAAUGGAGUAGAGACUCUUUGGAUGCACUUUCUGGUCAAAAUUCCAACAACAGCCUCCCAACCCAACCAACAUGAGCCUUGGCUAAAAUGGGGCUUUGUCAUGACAUGGAAGCCGAAGCCUAUGACCCCAACUGAACGAGACACUGUGGAACCAGAGAACUCAGAGUACUGUGUCACUUUCCUUGCCUUCCAGCCUCCCCUUGAGUCUAUCCAGGCUUUGGUGACAUUCAUUUUGUCUUCAACCUGGAACCAUGUCAACAACGAUCCCUACGUGAUUGUGGACGUGGCACUUUCAUCUUGGUAUCAGAGAGUGGAUAGUAUUGCUUGGGAUGUUACUCACCUUGUACGGACUGACGAGAAAAGGUUGUUUGAGCGGGCAAAGAUACUUGAAACGACUGACCCUAGCUCACACUCUCGUCACCUCUCAAGCCUGGAUUUACACGGAAUUCAUACCAGUGCUAAGAACGCCAUCUACCUGACUGAAGCCUUGGACGCUAUCCUUAGAGCAGUUGACAGGGUACUAUCGGCACACAAGGAGCUUCUGCAUGAUCCAAAAAACAAGUGGAGAACGGAGGAUCGGACAUGGGAAAACACCCAUCGAUUGUUGAGAUACCGGAGCGAGCUUUUCAACUCCACCAGGCUCAGGAUUGUUAGUUCUCACGAAAGGAUCAAGAAUGCAGUGGAUCUGGCUUUUCACUUGAACAAUGCCCAAGAUAGUCGUAUCGGCAUGAUGAACAGCCGCAGCGUCCGGAUCAUUUCUAUUGUCGGCUUGAUAUUCAUCCCUUUCAGCGCCGCAAGCUCUAUCUUUGGCACACAAUUCUUCAGUUUCCCGGACAAUAAUGAGCACCACAUGCAGGUCAAUCAAGACAUCUGGUAUCUCUUUGCUACAGCCAUCCCUGUUACCAUUGGCAUUCUCCUACUCUGGAAGGCAAGCGAAAACGACCAGCUGCGAUUACCGGGCGGGCUAGCUUCACUCUUUGGCUGUUCAAGUCAGCCAAGGCCGCGCGAUUCUCCUUCGGGGGAAAGGGGCAUUUUGCUAAACGAUAUGGAACAGCAACGUGCUUGA